GUGGAGAGCUGACACAAAUACCGCCCCCUGAUUUUGAAGAACGACUGUGCCCGACGAUAGCCCACACAAAUACGGCCUCCUGAUAUCGAUAACUUUUAUGUUUUUACAAAAUGUCGUUGAGUCCCUUUUUGCGUCUGCCUUUGACCGAUCUAACUGGUUGCCUAAUUAACCAUCAGACCUAUGACAAAUGCGGCAAAUUUGAGAUGAAGAUGAUGGAGUGCUUCGAGGCGUACGGCUUGGAGCGUGGAAAACGGGAAUGCGCCGACCUAAUCUCCGACUUCCAGGAGUGCGUAGGCAUGCAAAAGCAGCUUAUGCGUUUUCAUGCUAUGCGAAACGAGCGCUAUAAGCAAUGGCUUAAGGGAGAGCGCAAAGGCCAGGAAUUCUUUGCGGACCCUCCUCGCGUGGAUGCAUAUUAAUCGGAGAGCCGUACUUCUUGGUUAAUCCUUAUUGUAUAUUCGCAAAAUCUGUAAAAAUAAAGAAAACCAAAAUA